AUGGGACUUCAGGAGGGCUCUGUGGCCCAAGCUCUGAAAGUGUAUGCUCGUCGUAACCCGGAUGAAACCUUUGCUGCCAUUCGACAGGCGGCACUGCUUCUAGCUUCAGAGUGUGGGAAUCCCAAGCCAGAGGUAACAUGUGCAUCUGUGAGUAACCCUUCUGUGUCUGCUUCAACUCAGGAUACCAGCUGGAAAGAGACUUUGAAAAGAGAGAUCAUGGAAGAUGUAAGACUACAGGUGUCUGGGCUCACUCAGGAGUUGCUGAGAGAAAUAAAACCACUUCUCCAACCAACCAGCAGGGUGACACAACCCCCGGUACGACCGGCGAGGGGGCGACAGCAGCCAUCAGUCUACACAAACGACUGGGAUGAACAAGGUAGGCCCAUUUGCCGUCAGUGCAGACAAGCAGGUCAUAUUGCCAGGUUCUGCAGACAAUCCCCACCUGCUCAGCCAGCUUUAAACUAG